GCUGGUGGAGAGAGGUCACGCCAGGUCACGCUUCGUGGUUACUUUUACAUACUUGUUGAUGUUUCUGUGUGGAGAGAGAUAAGAUAUGGUUGCAUAGUUGCAGUUUCGGUUAUGCGUACGUAAUAUACAAUGUUGCAAGAAAGCGUUAGGCAACUAGACUGAUUUUUUUUAUCGUUCGGGCGCGUUCGAGAAGUUUUGACGGUUUAGCGGCACGAUGAAGAAUACUUCUUGAUUAACGAAUUGAUAAUUAUAAUGAACUACCAUUAUAAGACAAGAAAAUUUAAUUUUUGUUGAUGUAUAUGUUAAACUACUAAUAAAAAAAGAAAAAGAAAAAAAUACUAAUUUCAAAGAUUCAGAAAGAAAGGAACUUCUACAGAAAAGUUCACAAAACUUGAACAUAAGCAUAUCAAAGUGAACAGAAAAAAGUAAAAAAAUAUCAAGACGUUACCAGGAACAACUUGACUUAACAUAAGAUAUUGAACAGUUAGUCUCAAAAACUCUUUUAUUUCUCUCUAAUGUUACAUUUAACGAAAGGUGCUCCAAGACAAAACAAACUAAGGACUUAAAGACUUAAAAAAAGGAAACGAAAAAAACAAAAAAACAAAAACAAACUCAAGUGUAAGAAAACUCUUUUACUAAGCAAAGUGACUGCCUUGUGAAGUGGCACUUGUGAAGAUUGAAAAACAACCAGGAUCAAGCGGACACAGCUAAUAACAACUUUAGACAAGUGCUAUCAAGAAUCAAUCUCCAAUUAAAAUGUACUAAUAUACAAGUCAGUAUUAUCUGUAUUAGUUCAGAGCGCCAAAGAAUUACACCCAAUCGAUAUGUGGAUAAAUCAGCUCGUUAUAUCUGCUCUUAGAAAAUAUGGCACGACUAAACCGCAACAGCUGGCGAGUGUUUCACCGAGUGUUGGAAACUCUGUGAAGAACUGUAAGCCGCACGCACGAUUUGAGUGCAAAUGAGCUCACGCCUCGCCAGCUCGAGGAAAAAAGUUAGGACAUAAAAGGGUGGUAAGUGUAGCGCUUCGGGAUCAGAAAGGAGUCACUUUUAGCGCUCUUAUUGCUUACUGUAUCGUCUUAGAGAAGGACUGAGAUGGAAGAACCGGCAUCCUACGUUAUGACUCAAGUUCUCGAAGAUCCUUACAAGUCUAUUCUGGAAAACCUCUCCAUGCAGUAUCCUCACAUCGACUGGUGGGGACCCUUCAACAUCACGUCCUAUAACCUUACGGACUUUCCUUUCCUUCUGGACGACGACGACGGCGCGGCAGCAGCAGCAGCAGGAGGAGGAAGAGGAACGGGAGGAGCAGGAGGAGGACUAGGAUACAUGGAGAGCGUCGGCGAAGCGAGCAACGCUACGGGAGGAACGGCGCUCCUGUACGAGGUCCCGACCAGCCUCGUUGUGCUCCUGUCGUUCUUCUACGGCAGCAUCUCCCUCGUGGCCGUCGUCGGGAACGCCCUCGUCAUGUGGGUCGUCGCCACGUCGAAGAAGAUGCACACCGUCACCAACUACUUCAUUGCCAACCUCGCUCUCGCUGAUAUCAUCAUCGGCCUCUUCGCUAUCCCUUUCCAGUUCCAGGCGGCGCUGCUUCAACGCUGGAAUCUGCCCCAUUUCAUGUGUUCCUUCUGCCCCUUCUUUCAAACGGUCAGCGUGAACGUUUCCAUCUUCACGCUCACAGCCAUAGCCGUCGACAGGUACAGGGCGAUCGUUCACCCAUUCACCACAAGGCCUUCCAAGCUUAGGAGUAAGGUGGUCAUAGCCUCAAUCUGGCUCUUCAGCACAACCCUGGCAAUCCCCAACGCAAUUGCUCUUCGCGUAGUGCAGGUUGCAGACGAGGCGACGGGCAGAGAGAAGCCUUAUUGCGCAGCGGUCAACAUCGACUCGGUGGUGAUGUGGACUUAUUCCCACGUUAUGGUCGGGCUUCAGUACUUCCUUCCGCUGGGUAUCAUCUCCUUCGCUUACAUCAGAAUGGGCUGGGAGCUGUGGGGCGCGCAGACCCCCGGCAACGCUGAGGACGCCCGCGACGCCCACGUGCUUCGCAAUAAGAAGAAGGUUAUCAAGAUGUUGUCUAUGGUGGUAAUUCUGUUUGCUGUGUGUUGGGCGCCACUACAGACCUACCACGUUCUGCAGGAGAUCUACCCGGCCAUUAAUAUGUAUCGAUACAUCAAUAUCAUCUGGUUCUGUUGCCACUGGCUUGCAAUGAGCAACAGCUGCUGCAAUCCUUUCAUCUACGCCAUAUAUAAUGAGAAGUUCAAAAGGGAAUUUCGACUGAAGUUUCGCUGUUGCUUCAGACACUUCGACUCCCUGGAGGCUUUUGACAUCGAGAAGUCCAAGUGUCACUAUCCCGUAGGCCAAAUACCCGUCUACUUCCAGGGGCCCAGAAGUACACCUGCACAAGGACACUGUUCUCUCUCGCCCCCCGGAACUCAGAUUCAAUGGCGGGUCGUCUCCUUCGCCUUACGUCAUCAGGACCUCAUCCUCCACCCCCCUUCCUCCCAGAUCCGUGCACGCGCAUCAGCACAGCCACGAGGUCCACGUCUGCGUCCCUCUCAAGUCCCAGACGCGGCUUCACCCCGACCUCCACUGCCCGAAGAUAAGCGGAGACACCAAGAUGUAAGGAAGGAAGAUGGGGGAAGGAGGAGGGCGAAAGAAAGACGAAGAAAUAACAAAAAAACAAAUCUAAACAAAAAAGCGGUGAAUUUGUGGGUGUGGCUUGAGUUAUUGUGGGUCGCGGUAGACAGUAAUUGCGCUCCUCUUGGAGCAAGAGCUAUGAGUUUGAGAAGUUUCCCCAAGAACAAUUACACAGUACGAGUAACUUGGGGCGUUCACCCCGUGUCCUGAAAUUUGUA